AGCUGUGGGUAAAUACUGUGCCUCAACUUAACAGACCUCUUUUUACAGCUGCGAAUGCCUUCAAGUCCUCCCCUGGCUGUACAGUGACCAUGACUACUUUUGAAGACAUCUUAGAGGAGGCCGGCAAGUUCGGUCGGUGCCAAAUGCGAAUUGUUUCCAUAUUCUGCUUGGUCUCUAUACCGUUUUCUUUUGUAUACGUGGGGAUUGUAUUCCAGGGCUUCACCCCCGAACAUUGGUGCCGUGACCCGGCUGUCAGUGAGAUCCGGGAAAGAUGCAGCUGGAGUCUUCAAGAUGCACGCAGGGCGACUGUACCCUUGAUGAACAGCUCUAAAGGGGUGACGUAUAGUCAGUGUCAGAAGCUGGACAUGGACUGGAACGCCACCGGUCUAACCUGUGACAAUCCAGAAAAUGAGUUCAUCCAGGCCCAGCUUUCUACUCUACCGAUGACGGUCUGUUCAGACGGCUGGGAGUACGACUAUGAAGGGAGACAGUCGUUCGUCACUGAGUUUGAUCUAGUGUGCGACGAUGCCUGGUAUGUUGACAUGUUCCAGGCAACACUCGGUGCUGGUUUCUUAGUGGGCAGCAUUGCUAUUGGAUACCUGGCAGACAAAUAUGGCAGAAUGAAGAGUUUCCUUAUGACCAACUUCUUCAUUGGAGUAACGGGGAUUCUGGUGGCCACAUCGCCCAAUUACAUCGCCCUGCUGGUGUUCAGAGUUCUCUUUGGCUUUGGAGUGAAGGGCGGCUGGAUGGUUGGAUACGUGCUGAUCACGGAGCUGGUUGGAGUUGAAUACAGAAGAAUGGUGGGAGUGGCCUAUCAGUUGUUCUUCAGUCUGGGCAUUCUCAUUCUUCCUCUCUUAUCUUACUUCAUACCAAACUGGCGCUGGCUACAGGUGGUCUUCACCAUUCCUUACAUCUGCUUCCUGACAUACUAUUGGUUUAUCCCUGAAUCACCCAGAUGGCUCCUCAGCCAAAACAAGAGAAACGAAGCAGUGGAGAUCACCAAAGCAAUAGCAAAAGAGAACAAAAAGACACUGUCCAAGAUUAUUGAGGUACAGAAUUUACACCGUGAUGAGGAGCAUAAAAUAUGGCCAAAUGUCUCUAAAAAGUCAAAUUUCAUCCAUCAGACAAUGACUGACGAAAACACAGGCUCCACCUCAACUGCAUCUUUCACAGACCUGUUCAAGACUUCCAAAAUGAGAAAAUUCACAUUCAUCCUGAGCUACAACUGGUUCACCAGUGCUGUGGUUUACCAGGGGCUCAUCAUGAGGCUGGGAAUCCUCGGAGGAAACGUGUAUGUGGACUUCCUCAUAUCUGGAAUCGUGGAAUUGCCAGCAGCUUUCCUCAUUCUCUUCACUAUCGAGCGGAUUGGACGCCGGCUUCCUUUUGCAACUGCGAAUUUCGUGGCAGGAGCGGCCUGCUUAAUCACAGCGUUCAUCCCCGACAGUAUGUUCUGGUUAAAAAGUGCUGUUGCUUGUGUUGGACGGCUGGGCAUCACUAUGGCUUUUGAAAUGGUAGUGUUUGUGAAUACUGAACUAUAUCCCACCGUUAUCAGAAAUCUGGGUGUUUCGGUCUGUUCCACACUGUGUGACAUUGGUGGGAUUGUAGCACCGUUCCUGCUCUACAGGCUUUCUGUCAUCUGGCUAGAGCUACCUCUCAUUAUUUUCGGUGCUCUUGCGUUUGUGGCCGGUGGACUAGUUCUGCUGUUACCUGAAACCAAAGGUGUGCCUCUUCCAGAAACCAUUGAUGACAUUGAAUGUCCAAACAGAAACAAAGACAACCAGCUGAAGACUCAACAGCUAGAGAACUUGCUGCCCUCAGAUGUGACAUCGCACAAGGAUGUUACAGCCGUCUGAUUGAGCGGAGACAGAAAACAUCAACCUCCUUAACUUUAAUAUUAAGUGAUGCUACUUAUUCCUUCUCUUUUGAGGAUUUAAUCAAAAUAUACAAACUGAAA